GUUCAGCUGACGGGACCGUCGUUGCACCAAUUGUUGGCAGGUCGAACACCAAGCUUUGCCCAGCAGUUGAGGCAUUGUGCCCCUAUUUUACCUACUUGGCAGUCAUGGAGUGGCAUCAAUCGAAUGUCCUGUAUCCUUUUGAAGCGUCUGAUUUCAUUCGCCGCUUUUCUUUCUCGUUCUUCUUCUCUCGUCGCCGUGUUUGUGGCAAUCAGCGUGCAAUUGAUGAAGUUCAUCCCGCUACCAUGGGAGCUCCACAAGCCCUAGCGCCCCCGUACCCCAAAUCAAGCUCAUCACGUCCAAUCACUUCGAGCAAUCUCAUGCAAAAGAUAAGCCCUUUGCUCCCCGAGAUAACUGUGCCUUCCGGGCUCACAACUUCAUCUACUCACUCAACCUUUCUCAGCCAACUUUCAUACUCAUGCUCGUAGCAUAAAACAUGAUGCUGGAAACUCCUGGAAAAUAUGUCAUACAUUAUCACUUGAACACCCUUUGAGCUCUAGCCAACCGGUCGAGAGCUUCAAUAGUUUCUUCUUAAUUAUUCGAGACAACUCAGCCUCACCGGCAAUCCUGAAUCGGAAGAUCUAGAUCGACGAGCAUCAUUCCCAAUACAGGCUCGCGACAUCUCCUAGACUACAUACACAUCAAAACUCGAAAUCGUCAAGAUGAAUAGUUUCAGGAUGAACGAUAUUGAAAAGGGUUCAAGCUACCCCGAUAAAGACCAAUCUACAACUCCGGACUACAGCAGCGGACGCGGGGAACCAAGCUACGAAGAAACAACGCAAAUAGAACAUGGAAUUGGACGACGCUUUGUAGACAGCUUUCGAAGAGAUCCAAGUCUUACUAUGACCCCGCCGGGUGUGGUGGGCGCAAAUGGAAGAGUCUUCCAUGCCGAGAUUGCUGCGCAAGCAACGGCGAAUUCUCCUCUUGCACGAAGAUUGAAAGGGAGGCAUCUGCAGAUGAUCGCGAUUGGAGGUUCAAUAGGUACCGGGCUUUUCGUUGCAUCGGGCAAAUCUCUCGCAACCGGCGGACCUGCAUCGCUUAUUAUAUGCUUUACGCUCAUCGGGCUCAUGUUAUAUUGCACGGUGCAUGCUUUGGGUGAAAUGGCCGUUUUGUUUCCCGUUUCGGGGUCGUUUUCGGCCUACUCGACUCGUUUCUUGGAUCCGGCUUGGGGAUUUGCUAUGGGAUGGAAUUAUGCAAUGCAAUGGCUUGUGGUUCUUCCAUUAGAAAUUAUUGCGGCAUCUAUCACAAUCGACUUCUGGGAUAUACAACAGCGAUAUGAUCACGCUAUAUUUGUCACAGUAUUUCUCUUCACAAUUAUUGGUAUAAAUAUGUUUGGAGUGAAAGGGUAUGGAGAAGCGGAAUUUUUCUUUGCUAUUGUCAAAGUCGUGGCUAUUAUUGGAUAUAUACUUUUGGCCAUAAUCCUCAACUGCGGUGCUAGCCUUGAAGAAGGUUACGUAGCUGGUACGUUGUGGAGUGAUCCAGGCGCAUUCAACAAUGGAUUCAAAGGCAUGUGUAGUGUUUUUGUCACUGCAGCAUUUGCUUUUGCUGGCACUGAGUUGGUGGGGCUCGCUGCCGCUGAAACUCAGAACCCCAGAAAGUCAUUGCCAAAGGCCGUGAAACAAGUAUUCUGGCGCAUCACUCUUUUCUAUAUUGUCUCGCUUACUCUCGUUGGACUCCUUGUCCCCUAUACCGACGAAAGAUUGCUUGCUGCUGGAAAUGCAAAUACCGCGGCAAGUCCAUUCGUUAUUUCUAUUCAAAACGCUGGAAUAACCGUACUUCCUUCUGUUAUGAAUGCAGUCAUCCUUAUUGCUGUACUAUCUGUGGGCAACUCGUCAAUAUUCGGAUCCUCUCGGACUCUUGCAGCAUUAGCAGAUCAGGGGCAAGCUCCUAAGAUUUUGGCUUAUGUUGAUCGUAAAGGACGUCCGAUCGUAGCUAUUGGCGUAUCGUCGGCCCUUGGGUUUCUUGCCUAUGCAGCGGAUUCUGGUGCCCAGGCAACAGUUCUGGAUUGGAUGCUAGCACUGUCUGGACUUUCCUCGAUAUUUACCUGGGGAUCUAUCUGUCUUGCCCAUAUUCGUUUUCGACGGGCUUGGGGACUCCAGGGUCAUAGCCUAGACGAGUUGGCUUUUCGUUCGCAGCCAGGCGUCAUCGGCUCGUGGAUUGGGUUUUUGUUCAAUGUCCUCAUUCUGAUCGCACAAUUUUGGACUGGGGCAUGGCCGACAGGCUAUCAGCAAAUGACAGCACUCGAGCAAUGCGAAAGCUUCUUUCUGGCAUAUUUGGCCGCACCCAUCGUAAUUGUAUUCUACGCGGGAUAUAAAUUUUGGUAUCGAACUUCUGUGAUGAGAUCCAAGGAUAUGGAUCUAAAGACCGGAAUGCGCGGUCUAGACUUGCCAGCCUUGAUAGCAGAGGAGCGAGCAGAAAAGGCCGUAUGGCCGAAGUGGAAACGAGUAUACAAGACAAUAUGUUAGUUCAAAUACCGGGAGUUUAUGGUAUUGCGGGUGGAUUGGGAGUUUCUAUCAGAAGGGAGUUUAUGUGCGAGAGAUACCAUGUGAUUUCGGCGUUAAACAGAUAACAGUCAGGGAGGAUGUCGAUUGAUUUACUGGGAACAUGUUAUAAUACUUCAGCGAACUGCGCGAUACAUUUUUUUUGACCACAUAGAAUAAUUACAUAAAUCAGCCAUCAAAUCAAAUCGCUGUA